UCAUCAGCUCACUGGCAUUUUGGCGGGAAAACCUUCAUAGCUCGUUGAUCAAAAUAUACAUUCAAUUUUUUUGCAGUUUGAUCAUUGAUCAGCUUAACAAUGUUCAAUAUGAAAGUUUGCGUGCUAUUUAGACCUCUAAAUUCGAAGGAACUAUCUGAAUUUGGCGAUACCGUCUCUGUUCAAGGAAUUAACUCUGAGUCCUUCAUUAUCAAGGAUGAAAAGGAGCAGGAAUUUGAUUUUUGCUUUGAUAGAGUUUUCUAUCAAGGAUCUGAACAAGCUGAUAUAUAUGACUUUCUAGCUUUGCCUAUAGUCCAAGGUGCUGUAGAUGCAAUAAAUGGUACCAUUAUCACUUACGGACAGACAGGAGCAGGAAAGACAUAUAGCAUGGAGGGGCCAAGCAUUGUAGAUUGUGAAAGCAAGAAGAAAGGACUAUUGCAGAGAGUGGUGGAUGGGCUUUUUGAGACCAUAAUGAAUUCAGAUAAACCAAACAAAUACACAAUCAAAUUAUCAAUGGUAGAGAUCUACAUGGAGAAAGUAAGGGAUCUCUUCGAUUUAUCGAAGGACAACAUACAGAUAAAAGAGAGUAAAGUACAUGGAAUAAUUCUAAAUGGAGCAACAGAAGUAGCUAUAUCCAACUCUGCAGAAGCAUUGCAAAGCUUAUCAAGUGGUAUAGCUAAUAGAGCAGUCGGAGAAACACAAAUGAAUAUGUCGAGCAGCAGAAGCCACUGCCUCUACAUAUUUACUGUCCACCAGGGUCCGACAAAGGAUAAAAGGACCAAAUUUGGAAAGCUGAUACUCGUAGACUUGGCGGGGUCAGAAAAAGUUGAGAAGACUGGAGCUGAAGGUAAAAUUCUUGAAGAAGCAAAGACCAUCAAUCAGUCCCUCACAGCACUUGGGAAAGUGAUAAAUGCUAUGACUAGCAGCAGCACUCCAGGAAAACCAACUCAUAUUCCUUAUCGUGAUUCUAAGCUCACCCGGAUCCUACAAGAUGCUCUUGGUGGAUACUCUCAGACUGCAUUACUUUGCUGUUGCUCUCCAAGCCCUUCCAAUUCUUCAGAGAGCCUCUCCACUCUGCGAUUUGGUGCUAGAGCAAAGCAUAUAAAGGCAUCAGUACAUGUUAGCUGCAAGGAAGAUCUAGACAAUACUAAGGAUGCAACCGUAUAUACCAAUGUAGAUGAGUCCAGGGAGAGGAUACUGACCAAGCUGAGAGAGAGAAUGAGUGCCGCAGAUGUUCAAUUGCUGGAGGACUUAUUUGUACUGGAGGGGAUUUUCUUUGAUCCCAAUUCAGUUGAGGAGAUAGAAGCUGCGUAUAAAGAUGUUACAUCAAGGACAAUCUCAUCAUUGCAUAAAGCCGUGGAAGAGCUGAGUACAGUUGUGGAGAAGAUGAAGAGGGAGAAUGCCGCUCUUAAGGCCAGCUUGAAAGCUUCUGAAGAGUUUUGUCAACAUCAACUCGAAACAAGGCCGCUAUGCUUGAUUCUCUGAUUGCACUAAUGGACCUUCAUUUUUAAAGACUGCGUGUAAAACACCUCGAAUAUUGUUUGAUUACUGUAUAAAGGUAGUAGGUCUUUUGUCUUUUUGUU